CGUCUGCUCGGGCCGGGUCCCCCCGGCGGGCCGGGCGGCGCCGCCAUGUUCAGCCGCCUGGGCGCCUUCCUACAGCAGGCGGUGGAGACGCAAGAGCCCAGCAUUGACCUGCUGGAGGCAUUCACCGAGCACUGGAAAGGGCUCACUCACUACUACCUAGAGACCACAGAUGAAAACACCCCAGUUAAGGAGACCGAUAUCCCCUGGCGCCUGAAACAAAUGCUGGACAUUCUGGUGUAUGAGGAGAAGCAGCAUCCAGCAGGGGAGACAGGGCCUUGUUUGGAAUACCUGCUGCAGCACAAAAUCUUGGAGACCCUCAGCACUUUGGGGAAAGCAGAGUAUCCUCCAGGCAUGAGGCAGCAGGUGUUCCUCUUCUUCAGCAGAGUCCUGGGACAGGUGCAGCAUCCACUGUUGCACUAUCUGAAUGUGCACAGACCUGUUCAGAAGCUCCUUCAGUUCGGCAGCAAUGCGCUAGGCUCUGCGACUGAGAAGGAAGAGGUACAGUUUGCCGCUGUUCUGUGUGCAAAGAUCAAGCAGGAUCCUGCUCUGCUCACGUACAUCCUGGAGGGAAAGAAUCUUCUAACUGGGAGCCCACAGGGAGAUGCUGGCAGCAGCCAGGGAGAGAGCUUGGCUACCAACGGAGCCCUGACUGCAUCUCCUGAGCAGGACAGAGAAUGUUCCAUGGGUGACGCCCCCUGCACUAGCCUGGCCAGAAAACCAAAGAAUUCUGUCUCCAGCUCCUCCCCUCUGAGAAAGGAAAACAAUCUGAUCACUUCCUUAAUCAACUUGUGCAAGAGCCAGAAGAGCAGGGUUGCACUAAAAGCUCAGGAAAACCUGCUGCUUCUCAUAAGUGUCGCUCAGCAGGCAGCUGCCACGUACCUGGUACAGAACAGCGCCGUUUGCUGUCUGGUGACUGAUCACCUGUGUGACCUGUACAAUGCCGUCCCUACUUCAGCCGACCCUGCAGAUAUCCUCUCCCUAGAGAGAGUCAGCUGGAGGUUGCAGAAUAACUCCACCGAUGAGGCCUCCUUCCCAGGAAAGGGGAGCCUGGAUGCUUUCUUUAGCUGGUUAGAUUACUGUGAUCACCUCGUGAGAGAGGCCCACCCGGUAGUUGCAGAUGCUGUAACGGAGGCCAUUGGUGAAAAGCUCUUCCAGGGGAUUCUGCAGCCACAGCUCUUGCAGAUGUCUGAACUUGGCAUCCUCACCUCUACAGCAAUGCUGACAGCCAUGGUGAGGCAGAUCAGCGCUCCUGCCCUGCUCCAGGAACUGGUGACAUUCCUGCUGGGCACAGAGAGGCAGCCAGAAGCCAUCACUGACUCUCCACAGCAGCACCUCCUGCGCUCUCAGCUGAUAGAGCACUGCAACCACCUGUCUGAUGAGAUCAGCCUCGCUACCCUGAGGCUGUUUGAGGAGCUACUCCGGAAACCCCAUGAGCACAUUGUAUACAGCCUAGUGCUGAGAAACCUGGAGGAGCGGAGCUACAUCCUGCGCAGCCAGCCGGGGCAGGAGGAGCGGAGCACCCACGAGCAGGAGCAUUACGAGGACACACUGGAGCUGGAGGAAGAUCCCUAUUUCACCGAUGAAUUUCCAGAUACAGGCUUCCGGACAUGUAAAAAGCCAAUGGCAUCCUCCCCCCGGGGGCCUGCCAGGCCUAAUGAGAAGACAGACGUGAAUGAGAUUGUUCUCAGUUUCCUGGGCCUAGUUCCUGAUGAGGCAAAGACCUCCUCCUACCUGGAGGAGGCAGGAUACGAUACCUAUGUGCAUGAUGCCUUAAGGCUGUUUCAGGAAUGCUCUGCUAACAUAGCCUCAUGGAAUUGGCCUCAGGCACCAAAACCUCUGGAGCCCUGUGACCCACAAGCAGCGUUUUAUGAGGGCCACUUCCUGAAGGUGCUGUUUGACCGUAUGACACGGAUCCUGGAUCAGCCCUAUGGACUGAACCUACAAAUGACAUCAGUGCUGUCCCGCCUGGCCCUCUUCCCGCACCCGCACCUCCACGAAUACCUCCUGGACCCCUACCUGAACCUGGCUCCUGGCUGCAGGACGCUCUUCUCUGUACUCAUCAGGGUGAUCGGAGAUCUGAUGCAGAGAAUCCAGCGGGUGUCUCAGUUCCCAGCCAAGCUGCUGCUGGUCCGGAGACAGUUAAUGGGGCUGGUCCCUGAAGAGCAGAUCGAUCACAUGACCCUCUUCCAGGGAGUGGUGGUGCUGGAGGAGUUUUGUAAGGAACUGGCAGCCAUCGCCUUUGUGAAGUUCACCCCUGAGGGCCCUGCGUGAGCCCAGCCUCCGGCUCUCCUCACCUGCUUCCUGGAGAGAAGAUCUGAGUGCAGUGCCAGCACGGGGAGAUUAGUGCUCCAUGGCUUGGGGGAAGGCAGCACCACUCCUCACUCAGCCAUCCACCUUAGCUGAGACCUUCCUGUAUCACUGGCCUCCAGAGAAUGUCUGGCUCUAACACCCACCUGCCGGAUAGCCCCCUCUCCACAGAGCAGCAGGGAACCAGGACUCUGCAGCAUCGCAACAGUCUCAACAUCUUACUCACAUUUGAUGCUUCCUACCUUACAGAACCAAUGGUUUGCUCAGAUCAUUGGUGGAAAGAACAUGCUCAGUGUUCAACUCCCAAAGCUGGCCAGGAAAGCACUAGCUGCCACAGCCCCCACUGUUCAGAAAGCAAGACUAGGUGCAUUGAGAGCCCUCCAUCAUUUCUAUCUGCUGCCUCUUAGGAUCAGAGUGGGCAGGAGCAUUUGCAGAAAAUUAUCAGCACCCACAAUCAAGAUUUUUAUAGCUCCUCUUCCAAGUCGCUAUGGCUAGGGGGAGGGAAAGGAAUGGAUACAUGAUCAGGGCAGUGUCUAAAGCCCUGUGGAAUAGAGAUCUGCAUUGCACUCAGGGCCCGUGGGAGUGCAUUGUCGUGGCAGUGAGCCCAGAAUAGACUUCUAGGUAACUGUAGUUGAAGGUAGG